UGCCACCAGUUAUUCAGUGCUCUCCACCCAAAUGUGAAGCUGGUUGCCGUCUCGAUUAUUCAACGAAACCAUGUCCGAGUUGUACUUGUGAUUCAGUGUCUACAGGAAUACAGUGCUCUCCUGUCAAAUGUGAUUCUCGAUGUCAUGAAGUGAUAGGAGACAAUGGAUGUCCAACAUGUCAUUGCGGACCACUAUGCUCUCCUCCAGUAUGUGCACCUGGUUGCCGCAUAGACUACAAUGCAGAUCCUUGCCCAAGUUGUGUUUGUGAUAGAUACCAGAGGAGAUAUCGUGCACCACAGAUUCAAUUUAAUCCAUUUUCCGAUCCGUUUUGCUCCCAACUGAAAUGUGGCCCUGGCUGUGAAUUGGAACAAUUUCCUUCAUCUCCAAAUGAGCGUUGUCCAUCCUGUGUUUGCCGAGGAAGCGUCGGCGAACGAGUAAAAUGCCUUGCAAUGCAUUGUGAACUUCCUUGCCGUUUCGAGAGGUUUAGCCAGUAUGGAUGCCCUAGCUGUAUAUGUCAUCCAAUUCCUUGUUCACCUCUGAACUGUCGACCGGGAUAUGUGAUAAAGAAAUUUCCCGAAGAAAGAUGUCCACGAUGUGAGAAAGAAGAAACAUCAACAGAAAUCCAAUGCUCUCCUGUGAAAUGUGAUGAAAACUGUUACGAAGCGGUUGGCUCCAAUGGCUGCGAUACUUGCAUAUGUGAUCCUCAAUGUUCACAGCCGAAGUGUGAUGCAAAAUGUCGACUAGAAAUAAAGCCAGGAGGUGGACCAUGCCCAGCAUGCGUUUGCUAAAAGUACAAUUUCUCAGCUGUUAAAUUUUCACGUAAAGCAGCAGUGUCGUUGGAAAUCUAACAUAUGAACUCUUCUUCAAAUUUUUUAAAAAGUAUUGAAGAUAUUCCAUUGUUCAUUUAAUUAUUUGAUUGUUAUUUCAGUUUGAAAAUGCAAGAAGGCAUACAAUAGUUUUACACUAUUGUUAAAAUCAUUGUUACUGGAUUUUAUAAAAUAAAACAUUUUAAAAACAUA